CGAAAUGACAAGACUUGGAUGGCAAGUGUGGUGUUCUGCUUCUUGAUGUUGUCUUUGGUUGACAUGACAAAGGCAAGUCAAGAUACAGUCACUCAAGCUAAGGAACUUGAGGUUCAAAAGCUUUUGGAUAAGUUGAACAAACCAGCCGUUAAGUCUCUAAAGAGUCCUGAUGGUGACAUAAUUGACUGCGUACAUAUAUCGCAUCAGCCAACUUUUGAUCACCCCAAACUGAAAAAUCACAAAAUUCAGAUGAGGCCAACAUUUCUUCCAAAAGGAAUAAAAAGUUAUCCAGAAUCAAAGACAAUUGAUCAAAUGUGGCACCAAAGUGGAAGUUGUCCUGAAGGAACCAUUCCAAUAAGAAGAACAACAAAAGAUGACAUCAUGAGGGAAAGCUCUUUCCAAAGAUUUGGGAUGAAGGACAACAUGAGCAUCCCUAAUUUGUCUGAAUCACUCUACUCUUCCACAAAUAACCAUGAGUAUGCCACAGCUGAAGUGGUGAAAGAUAUAUAUUAUGGAGCCAAAGCAUUCUUAAACAUUUGGAAGUCGAAUGUUCAACAACGCAAUGAACUCAGUCUGUCUCAAAUUUGGGUCAUGAAUCAAGGUGAUAAUAAUAAUGUGGAGAGCAUCGAAGCUGGUUGGCAGAUCCAUCCAAUGCUAUAUGGGGAUGAUAGACCAAGACUUUUUGCAUAUUGGACGAGUGAUUCAUAUGAACGUACGGGGUGUUAUGAUCUAAAAUGCUCUGGCUUUGUUCAAGUUACCAGUGUAGUAGUACUGGGCGGAACCCUUGCACCAAUAUCUCUCUAUGAUAGUACUCAAUACGGAAUCAAUCUCCUUAUUUGGAAGGAUCGAGGAACUGGGAACUGGUGGCUGCGAUAUCAAAAUAUAGUUGUGGGAUACUGGCCAGCUUCCAUGUUCGAGAGCUUGUCAGCUGAGAGUGCAACAGUAAUACAAUGGGGAGGUGAGGUGAUAAACAGGAAAUCUAAUGGCAGACACACAAGUACAGAAAUGGGAAGUGGCUAUUUCCCUCGUGCAGGGUUUGGGAGGGCAAGCUAUUUCAGGGACCUUUCCGUAGUGAAUGAAAAUUAUUAUCUCAUCAGCCCUAAUUACAUCAGAGGUUAUGCCAGCAAACCUAGGUGCUACGAUAUAGUCCUCAAUGGCUAUUCUAGUGAUUUUGGGGCCCACUUCUUCUUUGGUGGUCCCGGAAGAAACCCAUACUGUCCAAUAUAAGCACUUAAAUGAAGAAGAUAUUAUAUGUAUGAGGACUAUGAAAAGUCUAAAGCUGUCUAUGUGAAGGAAAUAAAGGCACUGUGUCUGUAGCCUUAUCACUGGUACUAUAUAUAAGGCCUCAUGCAAGGGAUAUAUUGUAUGUAAGGCCUGAUAAAAUAAGACUGGCCGGAGAAAAUUUCAAUGCUCUGCACUAUGUAGUAGUGUUUUGUGUGGGCAUUGUAUGAUUUCAUAUUGUAUAAUGUAAUGUUAUUCGGUGUUUGAUUAUGCAUGUCGUGUGAU